AUGAAACUUACGAUUGGUACUCGUCGCGCCGCGCAACUCUUUUCCGCACUUUACGAACAUUUUCUCGCCAAAUUCAAUAGUUUCGUCGCAGAAAAUUGAAGCAAUUUUUAGGAGAAUAAAGAAAAGCAGCGAAACAUACAUUUUCGAUACAAUACCAAUAAUUUGGGAGGGAAAUAGAUGAGUUUGCCGUGCUUGCAUGAGCUGAGCAAACAUUUGAGGGAGGCAAUUCUCUUUACACAAUAAUAUCCGUCUCAUUUCAGCCGUCGACGAUCCAUGCACAGCGCCGCCACGUAAUCCCGGCGUCGGAGACUUCCACGCGACACGCUGGGCGUUUGACGGAUCGUCGCGCAAGUGCGUUCCGUUCGAGUAUCGCGGAAUGAAGGGCAACGCGAACAACUUUUUGAGUCGCGAGACGUGCGAGAAACGGUGUCCCGUCUUCCAGAAUCCGUGCAAAAUCGGCGAGCCGCACAUUGUCAACAAUCAAUAUAUGCAGUGCUCUCCACAACAGGUAUUGUUUGUUAGUGAAAUUUUUGAAAAAUUUGUGGUUUGAAUUGCUCGAUUUUCACAAAACAACUUUGCAGGUGUGCCCCGGCGGAUCCUACUGUCACAUUGGCGCGGAGGCCAACUACUGUUGCAAGGCUCUUGGUAUUUUCAAACGUUUUCCGUGUGAUUUUGCAGUGUUACCCUCAUUCCGAAGCUCUAGAUCGAUAUUAUUAUUAUUAUUAUUAUUAUUAUCAUUUUUUUCCAACAAAAAAAACAAACCAAUUGCAGGAGGUGAUCCGUGCGGACAGCCGUUGGACCGCGGAACCGGCGGAUCUCAAUUGUCGCGCUGGUACUGGAACCAACAAUCGCAAUGCUGUCUUCCGUUCAACUAUUGUGGACUCAAGGGAACGCAGAACAACUUUUUGAGCAAGCAGGACUGCGAUCGCACGUGUUACGGUUCGUUUUGGUCAUCUCGAUGCACCAUAGAGUUUUAUGAAACAGUGAAAACCAAAUUUAUUCCUAAAUCCCAAUCCCCAAAUGGCCCGCCGCUUGCUGCCUAGCCAUCCCAUUUCCAGAACUGGACAAUCCGUGUGCCCUCGGAGACCCGCAAAUGUCGCAAAACAACCGGCCACUGCAGUGCUCGUCGAAUUCGAACACUUGCGGCGCGCAAUUCUGGUGCCAUUUCGGCGCCAACUCGGACACGACAGUCUGCUGCCCGGGACGAGGUGCUUAUUGAUUGAGAUCCCUUUUGGAUGAUCCUCCCACCCGCCGCAUUCCUCCCGUUUUCAGUCGAAUCGCCGCAAAUUUGUCAGCAACCGCAGGUGGUCGGAUCGGGCGGCGCCACGUUGCCACGUUGGUACUACAACGCGACGACGAUGCAGUGUCAGCAGUUCAACUAUCAGGGACGGCACGGAAAUCAGAACAACUUUUUGAGCGAACAGGCGUGCGAGCAGACGUGUCCAGGUGAGAAGAGCAUGAUUUGUGCGUGCGCGCGACGGAGACUAGACUAAAUGGGAUGGAGUUGAAAAAAUUGACCCAUUUUCCUAAUUUGCCAACUCAACUCCAUCUCGUCUCCAAGAACCGAGUACCCUCCCUCUCUCAAAAAAAAUGACGUCCCUCCCCCCACCAAAAAAGUGUCUUGCCCUCUCCAAAAUGUGAUCCUCUCCCGCAGUGUACGUGAACGUGUGCCCGACCGGAUCGCCGCAACUCGACGCGGCGACGAACAAGCCCGUUCCGUGCACGUUUGGCUCCAACUCGUGCGGCUCCGACCACUGGUGUCACCUGGGAUUGGUGCCCGACGAGUAUCAGUGCUGUCCGGGCACCCCGACCAAUCCGGGCGCCUGCCAGGCGCUGCCCGAGGCCGACGGAGUGAUUGGAGCGGCGGCGGCGCCCGCGCAACGCUGGUGGUACGAUCAGACGGAGAUGCAGUGCAAACAGUUCACCUAUAACGGCCGCAAAGGAAAUCAGAACAACUUUUUGACGAAAGAGGAUUGUGAAGCCACGUGCGACGGUUUGUUUGUGAUAUUGCAUGAUGCUUCUUUGUUUGUGUGACUUCUUCUCUCUCUAACCUUUUUCAAAUUUCACUUCACUUUCACUAGAAACUUGGGUUCCACUUCUUAUAGAAAUCUUUCUACUUUUCAGUUCUUCUAGUGCUCGCUUUUAUACAGACAUGUGUACGUACAGGGCUGUAUAAAAGCGUCGAUCUCCUUCAGUUUUGCUCUAGACAAUACCGUUUUCCAGUCUUCACGAACCCGUGCAACCAGCCGAUCGCGCUGCCCGCCACACAAUGCUCGGGCUCCGGCUCGUCGGACACGUGCGGCGCCAACAUGUGGUGUCAUCUCGGCGCGACACAAGACUCGACCGUCUGUUGCCCGUCCGAGGGCGAUCCGUGCUCGUUGCCGCUCGCCCGCGGCACCGGAAAUCAGUUCGUCGACCGCUUCUACUACAAUCAGCAGACGGGCUCGUGCCAGCAGUUCACCUACUCGGGACUGCACGGCAACCAGAACAACUUUGUGUCGCAGCAGGCGUGCGAGGAGCAGUGCGGACCCAAUCCGUGCUUCGAGGGACGGCCGUUCGUCGGCGCCGACGGCCGCACACAGACGUGCUCCGCGUCGGCCAACUUCAACACGUGUCCGCUCAAUCACUGGUGCCACAUCGGCUCCGAUCUCUCCACCACUGUCUGCUGUCCGGGAGGUGAGCCGCCUAAAUUCUGCAGAUUUCACCGAAUUUCUAUUGAUUUGCCUCGUUGUUGGCCACGUUUUCGAAUGCUCACUUCUUUUCCUAUCUACACUGUUUCCACCGCAAUUUCCAUGAAAUCUAGUAGACAAUCUAGUAGAGCGGAAGAAUUCAACGGAAGAACACGAAAGAAUUUUUAUCUUUUUUAGAAAUUUUUUUCAUGGAAUGUGAUCAACUGACGAAAUGUAUAGCAAAGUGAACUCUGCUCGUAGAAAAAUAAUUGUAAAUUUAGCUUUUCAUACAAAAAAGUUAUUCGAGUUGUUGCGUGAAAAAAGGGCUAACGGACAUUUUCACGGAACAACUCGAAUAACUUUUUUGUAUGAAAAGCUAAAUUUACAAUUAUUUUUCUACGAGCAGAGUUCAAUUUGCUAUACAUUUCGUCAGUUGAUCACAUUCCAUGAAAAAAUUUUCUAAAAAAGAUAAAAAUUCUUCCGUUUUCUUCUGUUGAGUUCUUCCGCUCAACUCUGAAAUCGACUGUACAAUACUCGCAUUUUGUAGCCUCCACAAACGUGUGCAAUCUGCCAAUGUCGACGGGCGAAGGAAACGCCAAUCUGGACCGCUACUACUACGAUCAACAGACGAAAACGUGCCGUCCGUUCGUGUACAAUGGGCUGAAGGGAAAUCAGAACAAUUUCAUUUCACUGGUAGGGAGGGCACACUGGAUUCUUACAAGUGAAAAUUGUUGUUUCCUUUUGCAGAGAGCGUGUCAACUGUCUUGCCAGCCGCUCGACAAUCCGUGCAUCGGACAGCCGGCCACGACGGCCGCCGGCCAAGUCCUUUUCUGCUCGAUCACCAACAAGGACUCGUGCCCCGUCAACUUUUGGUGCCACAUUGGAGCGACGCCCGAGACGACCGUCUGCUGUCCCGGAGCCACCAAUCCGUGCUCGGUCCCGUUGGCGCCGGGCACCGGAAACGCCGGCCUCGCUAGAUACUAUUAUAAUCCGGAUGAUAGGGUCAGUUUGGAUAGGGUCCGUAGCUCUAAAAAAACGCUAAAAAUGUUUCCAGCAAUGUCUUCCGUUCCAAUACAACGGAAAGCGCGGAAAUCAGAACAAUUUCGAGAAUCAGUCCGAGUGCGAGCGCACGUGUCCAGGUAACAUCUACAAAAAAACGUUGUUGAACAAUAUAUAUUUGAUCGGCGUUGGGUACGUACCUUCCAAAAAUCCAAAAUUGUUGUGUCACGUCGCUUUUUUUUCGUUUCUCCAAAAUUCCCGCAUGCUUUUCACUCCCCCCCCACCCCACUUUUCCUGAAUCUUCGGGAAAAGCGGUCGAACAACAACGGUUUAGUCUUCACGAAUCCGUGUCUCGGAGAGGUGAUCCGCGGAAGCGACGGAUCGCCGAAAAAGUGUCGACCGAUGCGCAAAAACUCGUGCGGAAUGCUCAACGAAUUCUGCCAUACCGGCAAUCCGGCGGAUCCCGAUUCGAGCUUCUGCUGUCCUCGAAUCAAUCGUGCGUUUCAACGAAUCAAUGUCCAUGAUGCGCCUAUCGAUUUUCAGAAGAUCCAUGCGACGCGUUCGUCCGUAACGGCGAGGGCAACCUGAACAUGACCCGUUUCUACUACAAUCCCGUCGAAGGCGACUGUUUCUCGUUCCAAUACAAGGGUUUUAAGGGCAACGAGAACAACUUUUUAACGCUCAAAACGUGUCAGGAGACGUGUAAACCUUGUAAGUCCACACUCUGACAAUUUUAGAUCCACAAUAUCGCCGUUUUCAGUGACGACCGCGUGUUUCGGUGGCGAAUCGCCGUUGCUCAAUAACGGCCGCGUUGUGCAGUGUCACAAUUUCGUGUGCCCGCCGACGCAUUAUUGUCAUCGCGGCGGCGACGUGCGGUCGACCGUAUGCUGCGCGCGACGUGGCAACUCGUGCGAUCAGCAGUUGAUGUUGGGCGUCGGCGACGUCGCCAUCGAACGCUUCUACUACGACACGACCGACGACACGUGCGUCGCGUUCAACUACACGGGCGUCGGCGGAAACGAGAACAAUUUUGUGACGAAGGCCGAGUGCGAGAUCGCGUGUCCCGGAUAUCGCGGAUAUUGUCCGCACGGCAAACCCGACGUGACCGAUCAUCGACUGACCGCAUGCGGAAUCGACACCGGAUGCGCCAGGGAUCAUGUGUGCCACGUCAGCAAACGUGGCGCCAAAACUGUGUGUUGUCCCGACCCGGGUGAGCUAUUCAUUCUUCAUUCUCUUAAAGGUGGUGUCCAACGUGACAUACAACAUAUUUUUAAAAUAAACUUCGAAGUGGGGCAUUCACUUUCCCGAAGUCCCGAAUUACGAAAAAAAAUCUCCGAUUUUUAAGAUUUUUUUCAAAAAAGUUAAUGGUACCGAGAGAAGUUUUUUUUCACUGAGCACACAUAUUUGCAAUAUUCAAAAAAAUUUAUGAUUUUUUCUGUGCCGUGACGCCAAAAAAAUCGAUAAUCUGAAACUUUCAAAAUUCAGCAAAAUUCAGAAAUUCAGCCACUUUUUGUAAAACUCUAUUUAUUUUUCAGCGCGCAAACCGAAGAUUGAGCGAAAAACCCGGAAAAACAACAAAAAAAAGUUUCAGAUUAUCGAUUUUUUUGGCGUCACGGCACAGAUAAAAUUAUAAAUUUUUUAAAAUAUUGCAAAUAAGUGUGUUCAGUGGAAAAACGAUUGAAAAUUUAAGAAAAUUGCAUGAAAACGGAAACAAUUCGGAAGAAAAGGGGAAUUCCAUCCGGGGACUUGAAAAAUCUAGGCCGGCUCUUCCAUUUCGCCGUGUACUUCUCUCGGUACCAUUAACUUUUUUGAAAAAAAUCUUAAAAAUCGGGGAAUUUUUUUUGUAAUUCGGGACUUCGGGAAAGUGAAUGCCCCACUUCGAAGUUUAUUUUAAAAAUAUGUUGUAUGUCACGUUGGACACCACCUUUAAUGCAUUUAUAGGAAUUUUUUGCAAAUCUAUCCAUAACUUUUGCAGCCGCCUUCUGUCUGGUCGGCGCCGAUCCGGGCCCGUGUAAUCGAGGAAUCGCCAAGUGGGCGUACGAUAAAAGUUCAGGAAGUUGCAAGAAAUUCAUGUAAGUCGUUGAUUUAUAGAUAAAAAUAUCCGAACACGAACUUGUUUUUCCCUUCAGGUUCGGUGGCUGUCAAGGCAAUCUGAACAAUUUCGACACUUUGGAAAAGUGUACGGAAAUUUGUUGCGACAAAGGCUACAACUGAUUUAUAUCGAAUCGUCGUUAUCCGAAAAGAUAUUAUUAUAUCCACAGAUCUAUCUCACAUCCACACGGGCCGCCGCACCCUUACCCCCCUUUUUCUUUGCUUUUUCACCCGAAAUCUACCGUAUACCAGACAGAGUAUACAACCAGUUGUACCGUAUCCCUGUGUGGUGUGCAUUUUUGUGUGUGUGCAGUGUGUUUAUAAAUAAGGUGAGUAUAUCCGCUAACAAGGGACCGUCUAACUAGCGGGGUCCGGAAAAAGCUUGUCAAGCCUUUUUAUCUGAAAGUUACACCGUGAAAACUGUGAACCGACGUAUCUCUGGUAUUGUUGGAGAUAUCAAAAAGGUGUCAACUGAUAAUAUGUUUAGCAAACUAUGUUGUUCAUUUCAUCAGUUGACAACUUUUUAUAAUUUUCACUAGCAACCAAGAUAUAUCGGUUUCAAAAACGGUGCACAAGUGGUACACUGUUUCUCCCUUCAAACCGACGUAUCUCAGCUAUUGUCGGAGAUAUCAAAAAGUCUUCAACUGAUAAAAUGUGUAAAAUAUCUUGCUCAAUAACUUAUCAGCUGACACUUUUUCGAUAUCGCCACCCAGAGCUGAGAUAUAUUGGUCUGAAGGAACAGGACCUACUCAUUUCCGGUAAAAUAACAAAGAAAAAUGCGUCUAAAAGUGCAAAAGUCUUGACAAGUUCUAGAAGGACCCUCACAGUUAGUGGUCCCUUGAAGUUAUGCAUAUCUGCACGUGUCUCUAUCGCUUUGCCUGCAAAAAAUGUCUAUCCCACGGGCACCUGAUAUCUGGUCGAUUCUCUAUCUGGUAUACGGUAUAUUUUUGCAUGCACUCACCCGAUAAUACUUAAUUAAUUUCGUUUUCCGAUUCAGUUCUAACCCUAAAACAUCUCAAAUAUCAUUUAUGUAACAGCGCCGAUCAAAUAAUCAGAAUUGAAAACACUAUGCGUUGAGAAUGUGAUAAGUUCUUACGGGAUUUUAUACUUAUCGAUACAUUUAUCGAUACUUUUUCAUUUUCAGAACAAUUGUGCUUGCUAUCGAUCGAUAGAGGAGCGUGCGGAGGGCGACAGACGAGAUAUGCGUAUAACAGGCAGACGGUGAGCUUUUUUUAUUUUUUUAAACUUUUAUAUCCAUAAAUUUAUGGAUAAAGUAGUGUCCUCCAUAACUUGCCAAGAAAAAAGCCACUUUUCAGAACCAGUGCGUACCGUUCGAGUACACCGGCUGCGGCGGAAACCUCAACAAUUUCGUGUCGAUGGCCGAUUGUAUGUCGACGUGCGGAAAUGUCGGAUUCCGAUAA